AUGAAGAGAACUUACUUGGAUUUUGAAAUCUUCUUUGUCAAUGAUAUUUACAAAUUAAAUCAUACAUUAUUGCGAUGCAAACAUUUUGAAGAAGAAAAAUCUGGCAUUAAUAUUUGGUAUGAAAUUGAAGAAAUCUUCAAAUCAUUUAAUUUACCAUUUGGCGAUACACCUGUUACUACUGAUCAAGGAUCAAAUGUGAUUAAAGCUCUAAGUCUAACUGAUGAAGCACGAUAUUCUUGUUUAGCACACCGAAUGGAUACUAUUUUAGAAAUAGCAUGGGAAAAUUUGAAAAUAAUCAAUGUUGAAUUUAAAGAUUUCUGUACUGUAGUUGGGAAUCUUCGAAUUUAUUGUGAACAAAGUGGCGGAAUUCAAUUCAAAUUACCUAAAACAUUGAAACGUACGAUUGGGACUCGUCCAUAG